ACCACGGGGCCUGUGCUGCCGCAGACUUUUGAGCUAGUCCACUUCGAUCCGCUCCUCACAUUCCUUGCCUGGCCGUCACCUCAGCUCCCGCCCAGAUGCUGUUUCGCCUGUAGCAACUCUACUUACUGAGACGUCAGCCAGGGAAACAACAACAACCACAACAACCCCUUCCCUGCUCAUCUCCUCCCCCUCCGGCCAACCCCUCCACCAUGGCUGAGCAGGACGAUGUUGCGACCAAGGUCCUGCGAAGGGCCCAGGUCUCAAAGAUGACCCGCACUCUGCAGAACCGCCUCGCUCUGGCCAACGUCAAGAUGAAGAAUGGCUGGGAAAGCCUCAGCCUCGACGCCAUUGAGCCUGUCCUCGACGGUGCCGAGCGUAAGCGUAAGCGGCCUGGCUCCAGUAAUGAAGCCAUGUCGGAUGUCUCAAGCGUCUCGGAGCGCUUCUAUCAACCCAGCGUCCUCGACUCCUCACCCCUCCAAGCUCCCAUCUUUUCAGACCACAUUCGCCGUUCCGAGAGCCGGUCCGCAGGCAGCUACACCCAGACCAAGCGGACCCGUUGCCAACGUCCCAGCACCAAUAAAUACCCGGCAUCGAGCAACCACGCCCGAGUCAAAGUGCGCACCUCGACGAGCGCCGCUACUUCAUGGAAAAAUAGCUUCCAGCUGCCCGAGUCCUCGCCCGUUUAUCACCGUAGACAUGCACGUUUUGGCCGUCAGCAUGUGCCAAGCCUAUCCUUUGUUUCGGAAACAUCGACCGUCGCCGACCCUCAUUCCCCCUUGCUGUCCGAAGACGAUGACGAAGACCUGCCCAUCAUGUCCUUCUCCCUAAACCGUUCCCAUUUCCAGUCAUCGCCGCCGAGAGCCCCACGUACACCGCCUCCUGAUGUUGCUCGCUCAGCACGCCUCCGACAACGUGGAUUCAAUGCUGCCGGUGCAGCUCGUGAAGGAAGACAGGGUGACAACGACGCAAAUUUGCUCAUGUAUCUAGCUACAUCACCAACGCCAGUUCGCCCAGGUCACCAGAAGCCGCAGAUGCUCGCACCGUCCACUCCACCGUCGAAAUCCACUCCUCUCCCUUCGUCCAUGAUGUCCACCCCUGGCGGUGGUGGGUCCCAUUACACAGGCUUUGGACUGGCGACACCCUCGACAAACUUGAACUUUGCCGAGUUCCUGAACAUGUCGCCGAGCCCUGCGCAGGCCAACGCAUCGUGGAACCGCACACCUGUCGCAACCCGAACACCCGCUGCCGUCCGAGAAGCACGACGUCAUAUCAAUUUCGACAACAUCGUCCCUCCCACUGGUGACGCUUCACAUAUGCGUGCUCGUAUCGGGAAGAUGGAUGGCCUUAGCAUAGAACUCGGUGGUGAACUUAUAUCGUGACCGUCAGCACCGACCCCUUCACACUCAUCACGACAUACCCCCCCAGCAACCGCUCGGGCACGACAAAACGAUAACGACAACGACAGUGAGCGCAUUCGACGGAUUGUUUAGCCGCUACUG